GUGUUAUCACACAACUGGAUGUGUUGUACGUCCAUCCUUUGGUGGUUAAAUCAUUGCAUUUUUCGCUAUUAUUUUUGGAGUUUUAAAAUAAUUUGCAAUAAAUAUUGAUUUAUCUUUUUAAUAUUGUCGAAGGGUAAAUAUUAGAGGCCUCAUAUGACGAGAAGUAUGGUGGUAAUUGUGAAAACUCAAUCGAGGCAACGGCAGCGGCGGGCAAGAUAAAUCCGCUUGUUUUCCUUAUCAAGAUUACUGUACUGAUAAAAAUAUCCGAACUACACAAUACGACAUCAACUUGUCACGAGGACGUAUCGCGCGAUCGUUGCGUUGUCGGGAAAAUAAAAUCAAUAUGUGGUCGAAAAUAUUCACAACUGUCAAAUACACGCUGGUGACAGUGAACUUUCUUUUUUUGAUAACGGGUAUUGUUAUAUUAUCUGUGGGUAGUUCAGUGCAGUCAGCCUACAAUGGUUACCAUGAAUUCCUUUCGGAGAGAUUUUUCUCAUUACCCGCUUUCUGCAUUGCGACGGGAGUAAUUAUAUUCAUAAUCGCCUCUUUCGGAUUCUAUGGAGCUUAUAUGGAGAAUUAUUACAUGAAUAUGGCGUUCGCUGGCUCAAUGAUCCUGAUGUUCAUAUUCCAACUGUCGGCGUGCAUUGCUGGCUACGCACUAAAAGGCAACACGGUUGCGUUAGUCCAGCAGUCACUGUUGGGCACAAUGGAUUUGUACGGCGCCAACAAAAACCUCGGGGUCACCAAACUGUGGGAUGAAAUGCAAGAAGAUUUCUCAUGUUGCGGCGUAGCCAACGCCAGCGACUGGCUUCUGCCCCUCGGCACGACGGAGACACUGGGCGUGCCGGUCAGCUGCUGCGACCACGUGUACGGCACUAUCCAGACAUUCGUGUGCAACGUCACAGUAGCGUACAACGUGGGCUGUACUGACGCCUUCGGCUCCUGGGUCCAGUCUCACGCCGCAGCGAUAGGCAUUACAGGAAUCUUCAUGGUUUUGUUACAGGCGUUGGCGGUGGCGGGGGCGGUAUGGCUGGCCAAGAUAUCGAGACAGGAACACGCCUUCAAUUAACAAUAGUUUAAAGUAUAGAAAAUUAUUUAAUUAAUUAUUUAGGAAACAUUGAAAUGUAAAUUCAGACGCAUCCGAGAGGAGUGUGAUUGUUAUUUAUUGUUUUAUUUUUGGAUUUAUAUUAUUUUAGUAAAAAUAUGAGAAACAGAAAAAAUAUUACCACUAAAUGUCUAUUCUGAUAUAAGAUUUUAUAAUAUUAUAAUAAAAAAAUCACUUUUAAUCGAGCAAAGAAACAUGUAUUGCGUAAUAUUUACAGAAAAAAGACAAUGAAAAAAGUUUGACAUUUCUCAUUUUAAAAUUUGAUUUCUUCUUUUUCGCAAAUGGCAUUUAACCUAAAACUAUAGAAACUUCUUAGACACUGGGUUAUUAGUUUUAAGUUGUUGCAUAUUGUAAAUAUACCACUACAACACCGCUACUAAUUAUUAUGGUUUUGGAAUUUAAAAAAAACAUGUAAGAAAUGCUAAAAAUAACAAUUGACAGCCGAUUAUGACACAUUUUGGCAGUAUCGAGGAGACAUUUCGAAAGUUCAUGAUUUGAACAGAUUAUAAACACAAUUUAUAAUUACUUUCUCGUUACAGUUAAGUAGUAUUUCAAACAAAGGUAACUUGAGUAGUUUCGGUGUAAUAUUUUUAUUGAAAUUCUGACCAGGAAUAUAAAAACCCCCAUGUCUUACGCAAUAUAUGGCAAAAAAUUAUUUACAUUAGAAAGUGAUGCAAUGUAAAAGUCGAUUAAAGCGCUCUUCAAGCCAGAAUUUUUAUAUUCUUGGUUAGAAUAUAAUUAGGUAAUCUUAGACUCUUUACUUUAUAAAACAAAGUAUUCAUAUAUGUCGUGCCAAUGUUUCUUGAUAAUUCCAAAGGGACUUGUCUCUAAUUUUAUCUAAGAACAAUAAAAAUUUAACUCAA